AUGUCGGACUACUCAGUCGGGUAUGCGGCCGGCUUAAUCGCCCUGGCUAUUUUUAUAACACAACUCUGGCUUCCCACCGCCAUCUCCUUUUUACUUGCUGGAGUGCUCCGCGAUGAGGAAACCGCGGCAACAUGGACGGUGGCAGCAAAGAUCCUUCAGUCGUCGCAUUGGACGAUGCUUCUACGGUCCGACUCUGUGCGGCCCCAUGCCGUUCGGACGCCCAUCUUCCUCGCGUCCCUCGCCAUCCCGCUCACAACGGUCUUGAUCGCCAUCUCGAGCGUGUUGACGCCGAUCGGUCUUUACGACGUGCUUGAAGUGGGCGAACAAGAAGUCGGCACCUUCUCGUAUAUCCGCGAUAGCAGUGCUUAUUUCUACGGUACGAGCCCUCGGAGUGGUUAUAACUUUUCCCGACAAUGCUCCUUCCGCUUGAAUCCUGCGCCAUGCCCAUUCACAAACGGCACUCUCAUCUUCAGCAUGGGUGACAGCACGAUAUCCUGGGAUUAUCCUGAUGAUCUUAGCAUGGAUAUCCCGCCCAUACUUCGCGAACUUUAUUCCAGCGGCACGCACGGCAUCGGCACCACCGUGUCCAAUUUCUUCGAUAUCGAGUGGCGACAGCUAACCAUGAGGGAUGGGGAGGAUGCUAAGAUUGUGAAUCGCGGAUCUCCGUUUGCCGUCAACAUGUUUCGCCAAGUCGAUAGCGUGGCUCUAGAGGACUCGGUCAAACUGGUCGAGGGCCUCAUCGUCGACACCCAGACCGGCGGUGUGGGCUUCCGAAACCACACGGUCCCUCAGCCUGCAGACCGCAAUGUCACUUGGCAAGAAGAUAUCCUGUUUAUCGAGCCCGUCACCGCUUGCGUUGACACCAACCUGACAUUCGACUACACUGAAUCUAAGGGCAAUUUUUCUUUUGGUUCUAACGGGCCCAUUGACUACCGCCUGACCGAUCGCGGCGGGUUCGCCAACCUCACCCGCGAGGAUCUCAAUCGCACGUAUCCGUACUACGAUGGGAAUCCGCAGGCGAAUCCGGACCUCUGGAACAGAGCACACCUCGCAGCCAUAGUCAACAACUUUUAUACCAUGUUAUAUCUCAACGUCACAAACGCCGGGAACUCCAGCAUCGGCGUCAAGUCAUUCCAGUACCUGAAUUCGACCAUAGGGAAGUCCUUUCCCCUGUGGGUCAAUGGCCCCUCUAAUUACAGGGCGGCCACAUUCUCCAAUGCCUACGGUGAUUAUCUUUUUGGCACGAGCACGGGUGGUAACAUGAAGUAUCCGAAUCCGUUCAAUGUUACCAAGGGCACAUCCUGGUUUGGGGCGAUACCUAUCAUCUGUGCCAACGCCGGUGAAGGGGACAUCGCCAACGUCACCAACAUCUUUGUCGCCUGCGGGCUUGUCACUGGCCCUCCCAGGCGGGUAGACAACGGCCCGCAAGGCAUCUUCGAGCGCGGUAGCAAGUGGACCACGCCGCUGUACUCGUGCGCAACCUCCAUCCGCGCAACCAUCAAAACAGUAUCCUUCUCCACCGACCCCGUUACCAACCCAGUACGCCAGUCCGCUGAAAGCGUCCGGGGCCUGACCUCUUUCCGCGUGACCAACAUCACAGCCAAGACAUACCCCUCCCCGGACGCAUACCCCCUCUGGGCAGUCGAAGACAGCGGCUACAAGCUCCGCGACAUCCAGCCCCUCUGGGGGCUCAUAUCCCCCGCCUACCCAGCCGCCAACUUCCCCAAUAUCUCCACGGUCAAACAACCCUCCCUCUACCUCGUCGGCCUCGGCAGCGGCGGCGCCAGCCUCACCACGCCGACCUUCUCGGCCGUCGACAACGGCAUUGGGUACGACAACCUGCCCGCCGCCGACUUCCCCUUCCGCGCUGCUAACACCAUCUACUCGGGCUCACCCUCCUCUGGCAUCAGCGGCUCCGACUGGCCCUUCGAUCUGGUCGGCCGCGCCGACAUGGCCGUCUUCACACGCUGGCAGACGCUCACCGCCACGCCCGACGGCACCAGCCGCAUGAUCAACCUCCUGUGGACCGACCUGGCCGCCUCCGCCGUCGUCGGCACCAAGGGCGUCACCACCACCACCACCACCAACCCCACCACAAACCCCGCCAAACGCGACGACACCAACCCCCUCCCCGCACCCGCCCCAAUAAUCCACAUCCACCCAGCCGUCCACCGCGUCAAGUACCACUUCGCAUACGGCAUCCCGGGCUUCGCGCUGCUCGCGGUCCUGGCCCUCCUCACGGCCGGCGCGCUGGCGGUGUGGGCGGCCGGGUGGGCCAGCCUGAACAAAGUGCGCAUGCGGCUGCAGCAGCUGUCGGCGGGCCGCAUCUUCACCAUCGUGCUGUACCCGGGCGAGAGCGAUUUCAAGAUGUCGCCGAAGGAGUGGAGUCUGGUGAGUGGGGGGAAGACGGUCAAGUUUGCGGAUGGGGAUGGGGAUGGGACGGGUGAUGGCGCGGGGGUUGGGGUUGGGCCGGCUGGGGUGGGAGGGGGGAUGGGGGAGGAGGAUAGGUUGACGACGCCAGGCGGGGCGACGACGGUUUCGGAUGUUGCGUCGGAGACGAAGGGGUAUGCGAUGGAGGAUGUGGAUGUGGGGGCGGGGAAUAAUGGUGUGUAUGAUGGCCGGCAGCAUGGGGGGUAUAUUGCGCUGGAGCCACUCCAUUAUGAGAGUAGGUGA